GAACCCCACUUUGAGAACCACAGCUCUAAAGCACUUUUAUUCCUCUGUCAGCUCAUCCUGUCGGAGCUCAAACACCGGAACCAGAAUUAACUGCGUUGUGUUAAACUUGACAUCACAAGCUGUGGCUGCAGGGGAGGGAGAUGUGGCUAUUUAAAGAGGGUCAUCCAGUCCCGGAUAAAUAACAGGGGGUCCACGGCGUUGACUAACGGGCUCUAAAUGGUCUUCAUCCUACGCCGUGUGUCUGUCUCUGUCUGCUUUGUGUUUUUUAGUCCAGACUGAAGCCGCUUCACUGCUGUGACAACCAUCCGCCGACCAGAUCCAGUCCACCAGCUCUUCACCGAGGGCUAUCCUGUGUUUUAUACCAUUUGUCCUUUUUGCAGGGGGGGAGAAAAAAAAGCGUGAAAAAUGGGCAAAGAUUACUACAAAACAUUGGGGAUCUCUAAAGGCGCCACAGACGAGGACAUUAAGAAAGCUUACAGAAAACAAGCGUUGAAAUGGCAUCCGGACAAGAAUAAAUCUGCAGCCGCCGAGGAGAAAUUUAAGGAAAUCGCCGAAGCAUAUGAAGUCCUUAGUGAUCCAAAGAAAAGGGAAAUUUAUGACCAGUAUGGAGAGGAAGGUCUGAAGGGAGGAAGUGGGCCCACUGGUGACGGACAGGGCAACACCUUCACCUACACCUUCCACGGGGACCCUCACGCCACCUUCGCCACUUUCUUCGGGGGUUCAAACCCCUUCGAGAUGUUCUUCGGCCGCAAGGUCAACGGGCGAGACGACGAGGACAUGGAGGUGGACGGAAACGACCCCUUCGGUUCCUUCACCAGCUUCAACCUGAACGGGUUCCCUCGGGACGGGCACGCCGGCCUUGGAGGGCAGCAGCGCCGGAAGCAGGACCCGGCCAUCAUCCACGAACUGAGGGUCUCCCUGGAGGAGGUCUUCCACGGCUGCACCAAGAGGAUGAAAAUCUCUCGCAAAAGGCUAAACCCGGAUGGCAGGACCAUGCGCACGGAGGACAAGAUUCUCACUAUUGAGAUCAAGCGCGGCUGGAAAGAAGGAACCAAGAUCACGUUCCCACGGGAGGGAGACGAGUCGCCCAAUACCAUUCCUGCUGACAUUGUUUUCGUCAUCAAGGACAAGCCACACCCUCACUUUAGGCGGGAAGGUUCGAACAUUGUGUAUCCUGUGCGAGUGAGCUUACGACAGUCGCUGUGCGGAUGCUCGGUUACCGUGUCAACGAUAGACGGGAAGACGUGCAACAUGAAGAUCACGGACGUCAUCAAGCCCGGCCUGAGAAAGACUGUCGCCGGACAGGGUCUCCCCUUCCCCAAAAACCCAGAGCAGAGAGGAGAUCUGGUGGUGGAGUUUGACGUAAACUUUCCCGACACGUUGCCCGGCAACGCCAAGGACGUCCUCAAACGGCAUUUACCUGCUUAGGACGAAAGGACUGAGCGAGGGGGGAGGGGGGGAUAACCGCAUCAUGACAGCACUCACCCUUGUUACCAAAACACACAAGGACAGUACUGACAGCUCACAGGUGGAGCCCCUACCGACGAAUGUGCAAUUUCUAUUUUUGACCUAUUCGGUGUUUUUAUAAAUACCAUGCAUGCUGCCAAGUUGAUAUAAGUGCAAGUCAAAGACUGUUUGGGUUGUUGAUAUCUGAGACAUUUUAUGUAUGUGGACCCUUUUCCACAAUCACUUUAUCUUUUUUGUUUGUUGGAAAUAUUUGCCAGUGAAUGAGUCUACAGUUGCCAAAAAAUAAUCCUGGUGAUCCCCACCAAAAAAACAAACAAACUGCAGUGCCAAACUUUAUGUUCUCCUUUAUUCAAGUUCAUCGUCUUUCACGUUUAUCUCAUCACAAAGCUUCAGUUGAGAAUCUGUGUACAAGUUAUUUGAGAGGAAUGUGGUUCAUCGCAGUAUUUUAAAUGGACUGGAUCGUCACGUGUGCAUUUUAGACUUACAUGUGAAGAUGUUAAACUUGAAUUUUAAAAUAAAUAUUUGCACAUGAA